GUAGCAACGAUAGGACCACAGCUUUAAUAAGGUAGGAACAGAUGUCAAACAUUGUCAUCAACAGCUGUGAUGUCAUGGCAACUGCCAGUGUGAAUAGACCUGGCAGUGUCCAGUCCGCCGAAAAAUCCCAGCUGACCUUGAAAGUUCUCUCUGCAAAGCCCCAGUCCCCCAAACUCCCCAACCGCCAUUCCCGGCUCAGCUCCUUUGUGGAGGUGACCGCUGACGGCCUGUCCAGUGAGACCAAGAAGACGGGCAAGCGCACAGGCCACCUGGAGCUCCAGUGGAAUGAGGACCUCACCCUGAAUGUGACACCUCAGAGUCGACUAGAUCUGAAGCUGUGGAGCUGCCACACCCUAAGGAAAGAGCUGCUUGGUAGCGCCACCAUUGACCUUUUGGACACCUUACGCAAUCAUGAUGGCAAAAUGGAGAAUCUGCAGCUCAGUCUAGUCCUGCAGACGGAGAACAAAGGCUCAGUUGUAGCAGGAGGCGAGCUCAACGUCUGUCUGGACGGCCUGGUUGUUGAUCUGGGAUCCUUGCCCAAUGGCAGCACAGCAACAGACAAGAUGUUGCCGUCAGACCGACCCAACCUGCGCAGGACACAGAGUGAGGAGACGCCCAGCACAGCCAGCCCCCGCGGCAGGACCCACAGGCGCUCUCCGGGGGGUUCGAGGGGGACGUCUCCCGGUGGCCCCCGAGGGCCCCUCACUAACGGGGACCUGAACGCAGAGCAGAGCCCAGGAGCCUCCGCACGCCACCGCGCCUCCAAGAGCUCCCACAGCUCCCACAGCAGCCCUGGCAGCGCAGGUAAAGGUGACCUGGCCCCUAACGGCCUGGAGAACGGCCGCAGCAGCCUGGCCCGCCACACCCCCCCUCCGUCGUCCCCCACACUCAGGUCGGCCGCCCCCAGCAACAGCCCCCCCGCCGGGCCAGACAACGGAACUGCACCCCCGGCCCCCGGAGAGACCGCCCCCUCAAACCCGGACCAGCCCACUCCAGCCAUGGAGCCUGUGGUGGAUUCGCUGCCAGCAGGCUGGGAGCAGCGCGUGUUGCCCCAUGGCAGAGUGUACUACGUGGACCACAACACAAAGACUACCACCUGGGAAAGACCCCUCCCGCCAGGCUGGGAGAAGCGGGUGGACCAGCGCGGGCGCUACUACUACGUGGACCACAACACCCGCACCACCACCUGGCAGCGGCCCACAGCCGAGUCGGUGCGCAACUACGAGCAGUGGCAGAGCCAGCGCAGCCAGCUACAGGGGGCCAUGCACCAGUUCAGCCAGAGGUUCCUCUAUCAGCCAUCGGGAGCGCCUGUUGAAAAUGACCCGCUGGGCCCUCUACCUCCAGGCUGGGAGAAGCGUCAGGACAAUGGCAGAGUCUACUUUGUCAACCACAACACGCGGACCACCCAGUGGGAGGACCCCCGAACCCAAGGGAUGAUCCAGGAGCCCCCCCUGCCCCCCGGCUGGGAGAUGAAGUACACGGCGGAGGGUGUGCGCUACUUUGUGGACCAUAACUCCCGCACCACCACCUUUAAAGACCCCCGACCGGGCUUUGAGUCUGGGUCCAGGCAGGGGGGCUCUCCGGGGGCCUAUGACCGCAGCUUCAGGUGGAAAUACCAUCAGUUCCGCUUCCUGUGCCAUUCCAAUGCCUUGCCAAGCCAUGUCAAAAUUUCCGUGUCCAGGCAGACACUCUUUGAGGACUCGUUUCAGCAGAUUAUGAACAUGAAGCCGUACGACCUGCGGCGGCGGCUCUACAUCAUCAUGAGGGGAGAAGAGGGCCUGGACUACGGCGGCAUCGCCAGGCAAUGGUUCUUCCUGCUCUCCCACGAGGUGCUCAAUCCCAUGUACUGUCUGUUUGAGUACGCCGGCAAGAACAACUACUGUCUGCAGAUCAACCCAGCCUCCUCCAUCAACCCAGACCACCUCACUUACUUCCGCUUCAUUGGACGAUUCAUCGCCAUGGCGCUGUACCAUGGCAAGUUCAUCGACACAGGCUUCACUCUGCCCUUCUACAAGCGCAUGCUGAACAAGAAGCCCACCCUUAAGGACCUGGAGUCCAUAGACCCAGAGUUUUACAACUCCAUCAUGUGGGUCAAAGACAACAAUCUGGAGGAGUGUGGAGUGGAGCUCUACUAUGCUCAGGACAUGGAGAUCUUAGGGAAGGUGUCUACACACCAGCUGAAGGACAACGGCGAGAACGAACUCGUCACAGAGGAAAACAAGGAGGAGUACAUCAGGCUGCUGACGGACUGGCGCUUCAUGCGGGGGGUGGAGGAGCAGACCAAGGCCUUCCUGGACGGCUUCAACGAGGUGGUGCCCCUGGAGUGGCUGCGCUACUUCGACGAGAAGGAGCUGGAGCUCAUGCUGUGCGGCAUGCAGGAGAUCGACCUGAGCGACUGGCAGAAGAACACCAUCUACCGCCACUACACCAAGAACAGCAAGCAGAUCCACUGGUUCUGGCAGGUGGUGAAGGAGAUGGACAACGAGAAGCGGAUCCGCCUGCUGCAGUUUGUGACGGGCACCUGCCGGCUGCCGGUGGGAGGCUUCACCGAGCUCAUAGGGAGCAAUGGUCCCCAGAAGUUCUGCAUAGAUAAGGUGGGGAAGGAGACAUGGCUGCCCAGAAGCCACACCUGCUUCAAUCGGCUGGACCUGCCCCCCUACAGGAAUCUGGAGCAGCUGCGCGAGAAGCUGCUCUACGCCAUCGAGGAGACGGAAGGCUUCGGCCAGGAAUGAGCCGAGUGGACUAGAGCAGCGCAGAGCAGAGCCAAACCUGCAGCAGCCCCACAUAAACAUGAGCCAGAGAGAGAGAGAGAGAAAGAGUGGGAAGAAUGGGGGGAUGCAGGGAGAGUGUUUGUAUGAGAGAGAGAUGAAUUUUGACAUGACAGCCUUCUUAUUGGCCCUUUGGCAGAGGAGUGGAUCCGGGGAUAGGGAUGAGAGGGGCGCAUGAGAGCUGUGCUGGAGCUCCGGGAGGAAAGGAGAGGCCUUAGGAGGGAGUUGUGUUUCUGGGGAGACGAGCGCGCGAUGUGUCCUCAGGUGUCCUCUCCUCUCCACGCAGUUGCAUUCCUACCACCGUAGAUCUAUUAGAAAUUUGCCAAAAAAAUAAUAAAAAAAGAGAAGUAACAGAUUUCAACAAAACAAGAGAUAUAUAUUAUAAUCAAUAGCAAAUUUCCAGACACCGAACAUCCACAGCUUAAGAAUCAUCUAUAUAGAAGAAAUGAUUGCAAAUGAACACGUUGGUGGAUGUCUGUGAAAAUUAUUGGUGUGUGUGUGUGUGUUAGUAUGAGAGGAUAAGAGUGACAGAGAGAGAGAGAAAUGGAAACUGUGUGGGAGAGCCAUUUGAAAUAGUCCCCUUGAAUAAAGGGAUAGGCCGGUAAAUUUUUGUUUUUGUUUACUGUUGAUUGUGACUAUGCGGCGUAAUCCUGUACAUAGCUGAAGUUGAUGAGACCUGCAUCAUGGACAGCAGAGUGAAGCCAUGAUUCUAUGAAAAGAAAAUCAUGUAUGUAAAUAUGUUGUUUGGUGAGUGUCUAAAGGAAUUCAGCUUUUCUAAAAAUCCAUUUUAGUCUCACAGUAUUAUGGUGGAAAAAAAAACAAGUGAUUUUAUCAAUAACUAUUAAAAGUUAUUUUGAAUGAAUAAAUGCUUCCAAUCAUG